AAAACCUUUUGAAUCGGAGGAUACUAUUAAUAUUUGUAUAAUAGAAAAUAAAUGUUCUGAGCAAAAUCAAUUAAAUUUAGAUAACAUUCAUCAACACAAUAAAAUGCGAGCUGAAAAAUAUGCCAAUGAGCAUACGAAGCUAAGAGGUUUUGAUUUUAGUCAGGAUCUUGUUCUAUACAAACUGAAAGCACAAGAAAGACUUCAAAAAAAUGAAUUUUAUCCAUCCUUCACUUCAUUGAUUAUAGAUUUUGAUAUGACCAUAUGA